AUGUCGUCCUAUGGAGAACUGAUCCAAGCCCUCCGUGUGCUGAAGAAUGUCAAGGAGAAGCGCCAUGGCAUCAAGACGCUGGCGAGCUUGUGCUCGAAUCGAGCCUUUCAGGUCCGAAUCGUCCAGCGCGGAGGGUGGCGGACGGCGAUCUUGCCUUUGAUCAUCUCACUGGACGAGGACUGCCGCAUGUAUGCCGCCUUGGCCGUGGCGAAUUUGAGCACGUCAGCGGCGACACACCCACAGCUGCUAGAAGAGGAAGUGCUGAGGCAUUUGGUGCCGAUCCUACAAAGUGAGGAAGUGCAGGAGGUCAUCGCCUACGUGUUGAAUGCCUUAGGCAACUUUGCAUGUAGUGAGAUCAUGUGGCAUGAGCUCCAACAGAUGAACGCGGCCGAUGGCAUUCUGACGAUCUUGAAGCAGACACAGCGUGAGGAGAUCAGGAUCAACUGCCUCUUCUGCUUGGCGAACUUGACCGCCGAUCCGUGGCACCGGAAGUGGAUGAUGGGCAAGGAGGUGUAUGAGAUCAUCUGGAGCUACAUGCAGGACCCGAAUUACACCAUCAUGUCCUACAGCUUGGCCAUCCUUCGUGGCCUCGCCGUGGAGACCGAAGCACAAGAACUCUUCCCCUCCAUGGGAUUGGUUCCCUUGCUCAUCGGCAUUUACCAUAGUCAAUGCCCUCAGUCUUUGAAGACUUUGUCGAUGGAUUUGCUGCUCCACUUCUCCAUGUUCAAGCAGAAUGCAGGGCUGAUGAUGGAGAAAGAGGUGGCCCAGGUGAUCGAACUGGCUGGGCGGGGAACAGGACAUGUGGAAUACGUGCCCAUCGGCAUUGCCAUCAUCGCCAACAUCUGUGAGUCGGUGGACUUGCACGACCGGAUUGUGGAAUCGCCCCUCUUCGAAGUCUUAACUGAGCACAUCCACAACGACAACACCAACGCGCAUGUGAUCCGGGCCUUGAUGCAGUUGAGCUUGUCGCCGAAGUACCACCAUGUGAUCCUCACCACGGGCGCCAUGGCGAACGUGUGUCCCAUUGCGCUGACGCAACGUUUGAGUAUCGGGAUGCGCACCAAUGCGCUGCAGAUGAUGGCAGCAGUGUGUGCCACGCAUCCGACCACACCCACAACCAGCGACAUCAUUGACCUGAUGUUCUUGAUCGUGAACUCGGAGGAGAACAUCGACAUCCGCCGCGCGGCGGCGCUGGUCAUCGCCAACGCCUCCUCCGACUCGGGGAACCUGUCCAAACUGGCCUCCAAGCCCUACUUGGAGUCCUUGAGCAUUGCGGUGUCGAAAUCGCAAGACCCGGUGCUGGUGGACUACUUGAUGCAAUUCUUUCAUAACAUCGUGAAGUUGGAUGGCAAGAGUGGAAGCAUGCUCAUGGCCUGUGGCUUCCAUCGUCACAUCUUCAACUAUGAGCGCUUAGAGUCGCUGUCGGUGGUCUCGGCCAUCUACCUCUGUGAUUUGUGUCGGCAAGUGGCCAACACCGACGCCGUGGUCCGCGCCACGCUCCUGGAGGAGAUGAUCUUCUCGGUGCUGACCGAUGCCUGGGUGGUCUACUUGGAAGACCCACGUUUGGCGCCUCACUUGGCGCUCAUGUGCUCUUCCUUUUGUUACCACGCGGAUUCUCAUCAAGAAUUCGUGUUGCAGGGCGGCGUUCGCCUUGUGAUCCAGAUGUACAGCAAGUCCAAGGUGGAGCACGUAAGGUUAUGCUGUUUGCUCUGCCUGUUGUACCUGGCCGAGAGCGGCUCCUCGCAGCGCGCCAUCGCCCAGGAGAAGGGCGUGAAGAUGUUGCUGACGGCCUGUGAAAACGAGACCCACAUCGAUCUCAUCGUGAACGCCUUGAAGGCGCUCAUCCCCUUUGCUUGCUCGGACGAGUUCCGUCCGCAGCUGGGCAUGGAUGGCGCCCUAGACACCUUCUCGGCCUUCAUGUUCUCGGACCAGUUGCAACUGCAACAGUUGGGGAUCUAUUUGCUGCAAAACCUCUUGGAAUUCCGCGAGAAUCGAAGGAUCUUCUUGGGCUUCUCGGAUGAGAAGAAGUGUGAGGAAGACUACUUGGAGAGCCUCUUGCGUCUCUUACCGCGAGUGUCCACGGGGCAGCCGCAACGGAUCAAAGCAAUGAAGAAGACCAAAGAGAAGAACGAACCAGAGGUCAUCUUGAGCGACCACGAUCCUUUCGUCUGCAGGUGUUGCAUCCAUUGCAUCGCCCUGCUGAGCUUGGAGCACAACUUGACCUCCUUCCAGCGCUUCGUGGACUUGACCCUGCCGAAACUGCUGUUCGAUCUCUUCUACAGCGAACAGAUCGACAAGUCCUCGGGGGAGGCGGUGGUCUUGUUCUUCGCGAAUAUUCUACACAGUUCGAAGCAAAUCCAAGCGCAGAUCAUGAAGGGCGCCGACAUCGUCCAGUUGCUGCUCUCCAGCCGUGACAUGCUCUUUUCACCCCACACCAUCUCCAGGUGCUUGUCGGCCUUGCUUUGCAUCGCACGCAUCCCGGACUUCAAGCGCGUGGUCUUGAGCCAUCUCGAUUUGCUCAUGGCCGACAUCAACGCCAACCUCAACAUGGAGGAGCGCGACGAGCACUUCUACCAGAUUGCUGCGCUACAGUGCUCCUUGUUGUCGGAGCUGGCGAGGGCCUCCUAUGAGUAUCACGAGCAGAUGGCCAAGAGCGGCAUCGUCGAAGCAUUGUUGGUCUUCAUCACCAUGGCUGGCAAGGACUUGAAUGACAAGGUCUGCGUGGAGCUCCUGAUGGGCGCCGUCUUCGGCAUCGCCGCGCUGGUGGGUUCUCCCACCGGGGGAGAUCACAGCAUGGCAAGCCUCAUCUAUCCCGCCACGCGUUUACAGCUGCUCCUGUCCUUGCUUCGACUGCCACAGCAAGAUGUGAAUGAGGCCUUCCAUUCGGGCACCGUCGGCCUGCGAACCCUUCAGCGAGUAAUCUAUCCCAACAUCACCACAGAGGAACUGCACGUGGAUUCGAUGGACAUUCUGAGUUUUCUAGGCAACUGCGCGAUCAAGCCAGCCAACUUCAUCUACAGGAACGUGAUCCGCACGGUUUGCCUGCUGCUGUCGCAUCAUGAGAUGGGACCCAGGGUGCAACAAGCCUUGGAACCCAGCAACGUGGUGCCCACCUGCCUCUUUGCCAUGAAGGACUGCGAAGACACCUACGUUCAGGUCUAUGGCUUUUUGCUCGUGGCGAACUUCAGCCGCGACCGAGCGCUGUUGUACAACUUCCUCAACGAAUCGGCGGUGAUUAACGAGCUCUUAACCACCAUCCGCCGCUCGGCGCCCCAUGCCAACGCGCCCGAGGCCACCUUGCCGGUGCGCGAGACCUUGUCGAACGUCACCGGGCCCUGGAGCAGCUCCGCCGUGGCGCGGAACCGCUAUAUGUUGGCCAUGUCCGCCUUGACCAACUUCGCCGAGCGUGUGAAGGAGAAGUUCCGCGGAGACGACGGCGAGAUCCCGGUGAAUCCGGACAUGAAGGAUGAUGGAGGUUUGGUGAUCUCGAAUCGCAUCACGCUCAACAAGUUGACCUCCACCUGCAUGCGGGAGUUGGAUACCAUCGCCAUGGAGAAGAAGCUCGGCGAGUUGACCCCCUCCGAGGAGUUCAUCGCCAUGCUCCGGGUCUUGAUUUGCGCCAACAACUUCAUGGCCAGGGUGGAGCUCGAAGACCCCGGCCGCGGCGGCGAGGCGAGGGGCGAGGGGAUCCAGCUACGUGAGUCUGCUGACCGAAGCGGAGAAAUCCAAAGAUUCCCUCGUGCUUCAAGCUCUGCGGCAUGA